UAAAAUUGAAAGAAAACGAAAAAGUGACAGCUGAAAGUGGAAAAGAACACAAGCAGCAAGUGAAUCUCUAUCUCUUUCCCGCUUACUGUGACUGCGACUGCGACUGUGAAUUUGUUUGUGUGCGUUUUAGCCGGGUUUCGGGCCAGUUUUAUCGAACGGCAAAAACAAGAAGCAUCCAAGCCAAUCAAUCACUCAUUCAAUAUGGCAAUUUCUGAGAUACAUGCAGCAUGGGGCAGCUGCAAAGUUGUUCCAGCCGCCAGCAGCAGAUGCUACUCGUCCAACAGGAACAACAUGAGAAGGCCGCAAUCGCCUCUGACUUUGGGAUCAGCGCAUGCGUCGCUGCUGUUGCUGGCAGCGAUGUUGCUGCUGAUGUUGCCUUCGUGCUUGGCACUGCCUUCCGAUUCAACAACCAUUCUGCCAUUUGAGGAAGCCACCACAGAAAUUCCACCACAGCAGCCAGCGAUUGAAGUCAACUCACCAAAAACAUCACCAUCAACCGUCGCGCCUGUCAACACGUCACUUGUGGAGAUCGAACCAGUCAAAACUGACGCUGCCGAAAUAGCGGAUGAAUUUAUUGACACAAGUUUUACAUCGCUGGCCGGAGAGGGUCUUGAGCAGGGUAUACGAAAUGAGGUGAAAAGUAUAGUUGAACUGGAUAUUGAGGCAGACUCGUCUGGAUCGUUGGUUGACCAUGAACAGAAAAUAACAAACAGCCAUGAUGAGCAUACAGAUGCAGCUCAAGGUGUACGUGAGCCCAAAGCUCUGGAUGCAGAGGCAGCGAUCGAGGAGGAGGAUGUGAAACCAACCCACGCAGUUGUAGAAAACGAUAAAUUGUCUGUGGAGGCAGAAGAAGGGGCAGAGGCGGAAGAGAAGACGGAGCAGCCAAUUGAAGCAGACGUAAACAACGAUAAAUCAACUAAGGAGACAGAACCAGAAAAGGAGAAGGAGUCUGAGAAGCCAACGGACACAGUUGUGCACGUGGAUGACUCUAAUAUAAAAACAGCUACUGACAAGUCGCCCACUCUCAACGAGCAAGUGGACCAAGAGAGUCCCAAUCCACCCUUGCCAAGUCUAACCAGCGAUCUGGCUUCAGUUAUUUUUGAUGAGAACCGUGCGAUUACCGAGCAACCAAUAACGAAUACGAAUCGACUUGCUUUAGAGCACGAACAUGAAAACGUUCAUUUGACUGAGGAAUUACCAAAACCCGCAUUUGAAGUAACCAAACAUCAAGUGACGAAGAAACAAGGUGUAGAAGAUUUGCUUCCUCUUGAAGUGGUGGAAGAGGUUGCAGAUAAAGAGGAGGCACCAAAGCCAGUUACAGGAACAGAACCAGAGAGUUUCCCAGCAACACAGCUUAAAGAAACUGAAAUUACACCAAAAGGUACAACGGAACCAUCAACGCAUCUCAAUGAAAUCGAGGAGAACAUCAUUGAAAGCGAUGCCAUCGAUAAGGAAGUACAACCAAUAGCUUCAAGCAGUGCCGAACCAGAGCAUGUAGAACCAACGGAGGCAUCUGUAGGUGUUGUUGCCCCAGUGGAGGAAGCGGCUGUGGAGUCGAAUGAACCUGUUAUUGCCGCCUCGUCCGAAACUCCUGUCGAAUCUCUGACGCCCACAGAAGCCAGCAUUGCUCAGAAUGCAGAUCCAGAAAAAACUGAAACUGAAAUUGAAGCUGAAGGUGAAGUUGAAUCGAAGCCUGUGAGUGAGGAAUCAACUGCAGUAGAAGGCGAGGUAAACAUUUCAGAGUCCAGCUCAACUGCUGCUCCAGCAGAACCUGAAGUUGUGGACAAGUCUGAUUCGGACAGCGACGAAUCUGAGCAACAGACGAAACAACCGGAUAGUGAGUCAGUGGAAAAAGACUCCUCUGAGGAAUCGGAUGAGCUUACCGGGGAUGAGCCGAAGGCCAAGGCAGAGGAUAGUACCGCCACGCCCCUUGUCUCGUAUCCACCACACAAUGCUGGCCAAACCUUUGACAGUAACCUGGCCGACGAGCGUAGUGCCUACCUAUCAUUGGCAUCAUCUGGCCGCUCCACGCUGAUCAUUGCCCUGUGCUCCGGAACUGCGGUUAUAUUCAUUGUCACCUCAUUGGUUAUUUUCGUAUUAUCGUUCCAACGCCAGCACGGUACUCUGGAUAUUGAAAUGCAAGAACAACGUCUGGGCAAGGAUAAUUUAGACGAGGAGGAUGCACAAAUGAAGCUGCUUGACGUGGAUCUAUCGACACCCGUGAUUAUCGCCAUGGGAAACGAGGAAACCGAUGAAUGUCUCUAAACCGCACAAUCUGACUGCUUUUGGUACACUGUAAAUAUUUAUUAACUUUGAGAUUGAAUUUAUUAAAGUGAAGCAGCAAACGAAGACUUCAGCUAGCUCCUCCAACUGGUUGUUACAUUUUCCGGCUCCAAAUAUCUGACUGACCCAUCAUAGCUACAAAAAGCUGCGAAAAUAUAAGACAAAACAAAAAGAGAAAUACAAGAAAAAACCAUUUGCCAUAUUGUUCAAUUAUAGCUGCACUAUAUACUAUAAGUUUCUAUCUUUGUUCAAGAAAACACAAAAAUUAUGUAUUUAUCUUUAGGAAUUUUAUUUAGAUUUAAGCACACAUUUAUUGCGUAUCUGAUGAAAACUCAGAAUAAAUAUUUUCGAUUGAAAAAACUAA